AUGACUCUCCUGUGCGCGCUCCCGCACCACGCCAAGGAUCGCAGGAUCGCGCGCAUCGAUCAUCAAGCGUGCGCACUGCGCAUUCCAUCUUCUUGCCAAUCUUCUUGCCAACAAGAAUACCGCCGAAGCUGCAGAGCUGCAGAGCUGCAGAGCUGCAAAGCUGCAAAGAUGCAAAGCUGCCGUGAGAUGCAAUAG